AUGGCGACGACAAAUUCCGAAGAUGUGAUUGAGCCUGUGAAAAAGGUUGACGACAAAGCGAUUGUGACAGUCAACGGGAAAGAAGUCAUCGUGAGCAGUGCGACGCAGAAGCCUACGAGAUCGGUCUGGGUGGCUUGGGCUUAUAUCUUCGAUUGGUACCCCAGUCACUAUUCGCCUGAGGAGAAGAAGCUGGUUCGCAAGCUCGACAGUGUCUUGUUGACGCUAUGCUGUUUGUGCUUCUACAUCAAAUGGCUCGAUCAGAAUGCUCUCAACAGCGCAUACUGGUCUGGUAUGAGAGAAGAACUGGAGAUCAAAGGCAACGAAUACUCUCUCUUCGGCACUUUCUACAACAUCGGCUACAUGAUCUUCGAGAUUCCCAGCAUGAUGAUCAUCUCCAGACCCCAAUUCGCACGCUACUACGUACCCACAAUGGAAACCCUCUGGUCAAUCCUCACCUUCACACAAUCCCGUCUGAAUGGUGUCCCUCAGAUCUACGGCACAAGAUUCCUCCUCGGAGUCCUCGAGACUCCCGCCGCUACAGGCUCGCUCUACCUCCUCACAUCUUGGUAUCGUGCGGAUGAAGUGUUCAAACGUGCUGGAGUCUGGUAUGUCUCUAGCAACGCUGGAGCCAUGUUCAGCGGGUACUUGCAGGCUGCAGCACACAAAGGACUGGACGGCAACCUUGGAAUGUCUGGUUGGAGAUGGCUGUUCAUAAUUGAUGGGUGUAUAAGCAUCUCCAUCGCGUUCGCAGGUUUCUUCCUCUACCCGGGACUACCGACCACAAAGCCUCGAGUGUGGUGGCUUACAGAGGAUGAACGUUUGCUUGCUGUUGCAAGAAUGCAAAGCCAGGGCACGAAGCAGAGCUCCAAAAUCUCGAAGAAAAUGCUGAAACGGGUCUUCACACAUUGGCACUUCUACGUUGUCGCACUAUGCUACGUCUUCUUCCAGUGCACAAGUUAUGUUGGUGGACAAAUGCAAGCUUGGCUCAAGAAAGACGCCGAUCUCUACGGAACGUGGUCGAUCGAGGAGAUCAAUCUUAUUCCGACGGGAGUGCAAGGUGUGGCGAUCGUGACUGGAGUUCUGGUCACAAGCUUGGUGAUGAUCUAUCCAAUGUGGAUUGUCUUCAGCUGCGUCACUGGCGUCCUACUACUUGCGAAUGUAUGCUUGAGAGUCUGGUAUAUUCCGAGAGCAUUGCAUUUCACGGUGUAUUACCUUCUCGGAUUAACGUCCUGCGUCACUCCAAUCCUGUUCCCGUGGGCGAAUAUGUUGAUGCGCGAUGACAAUGAAGCCCGCAGCUUCACGACUGGUGCGAUGAUGACGAUUGGUUGGGCAUUCUUCAGUUUCUACCCGAUUACGGUAUUUCCGAUCCUCGAAGCUCCACAAUGGACGAAGGGGUUCACGGUUAACAUUGUGUUCAUUAUCUGCUACUGGUCGCUGUUCUUGGUAGGACAGUAUCUCUGGCGAAGAGAAGAGCAGAGGAAGAAGUACGACAUUAAUGCCAAUGCUGCGGAACGUGACAGUGAUGAGGAGCUGAAAGGCGAAAGCGUCGUACAUGUUGAGUCAGUGGAGAAGAAUGAUCGCUAA